UGAACAAGGUUUGUCUCCUACUGCAGUUGAUAAAAAUGGCCUCACUGCUUUACAUUAUGCUUCAUGGUCUCUUAACUUAUCUCUUGUAAAAGAAUUAAUAGCUACCUAUCAGUUAGAUCCUCAUCAAGCUGACAGUAAUGGUAAGCUACCAAUUCAUUAUGCUGCUGAAUCUGGUGAUAUUUUACUACUGGAAUUAUACAUGAAGAAUUACAAGUGUAGUCUAAGCCUAACAGAUAACAGAGGUUGGAAUGUUAUUCAUUUUUCGUCACUAAAAGGUCACACUCACUUAAUCAAGCAUAUCACCAGUCAGUAUCCUCAAUACAUUAGUUUACUACACUCUACUGACAAUGAUGGUAGCCUAGCAUUACAUUUAGCCUGUCAGAGUGGUAAUAUUCAAUUAGUGACUUUUCUAAUAAGUGACAUGAAGUGUGAUGUCACUGCUACUGAUACCUUAUAUGGUAGUAAUUGUGUCAUGUUUGCCUGUUUCUCAGGUAAUCUUGAUCUAGUACAAUUACUGAUACAACAAUACAAGCUUGAGCCUAUCAAUAUUAAUAACACUGGUUACUCAGUAUUACAUGCAGCAGCACAGAAUGGUCAUACUCAUAUGCUGAAAUGGUACAGUCAGGAGUAUAGUGUGGAUAUUACUAAUCACACUAACAAUAACAAGUACACACUAGCUCAUUUAGCUGCUAAUGAAGGUAAGCUACAUUGUCUACAGGAACUGAUCAACAAGUAUCAGUGUGAUGUUAAUGCUACUACUACUAAUGGUAGUACAGUUCUUCAUAAAGCAUGUGAAGUAGGUCAUGUUCCUGUUGUACUUUAUCUCACUAGUCUUCCUCAAUGUAAUGUAGCAGCUAAGACUUCUAAUGGAUCAACAGUUCUUCACAUUACCUGUGGGCACAGUGACUCUCUUCCUAUACUAAAACAUCUGGUAGAGAAUCAUCAGUUAGAUCUUUGUGCUGUAAACGAUGAGGGAAUGGCUCCUAUUCACUUAGCAUGUAGUGAGGGAAGAGUGAACUUGGUUCAGUACAUUAUAGAACACAUACCAUCAUCACUUGAACUACCUGACAGAGGACAAGGUUGUACUCCAUUCCUUACUGCAGUACACUUCAAUCAGUUAGAAGUUAUUAAAUAUCUUAUUAGUAAGAAGUGUAAUCUAUCAGCUACUGAUGAUGAAGGGUCUGGAGCAGUUCACAUAUCAGUAGAGAGGGGUCACUUGAAUGUAUUAAAAUAUCUCAUUGAUAAUAAUUAUUGUAAUCCUAAUGUAAUCACUCAUCAAGGGCAUACACCACUACAUGUUGCUGUAUUAGUUGAUAGAUUAGAAAUAAUAGAAUAUUUACUGAAAAGAACCAUCCCCUCAGUGAGUGUGGCCUGGAUACGUAACACUAAGUGUUUAUUAGACAAUCCAAAAGAUUUACAUUCUGAUAAUGUGCACGUUAAUGCACAGGAUAUUGCAGGUAACUCACCACUCCAUUUAGCUUGUAGAAAAGGACAACAAAGUAUGGUAAAACUAUUAUCAAGAGCUAUUUUUUCUGCUAGAUGUCUGUUAUUAGCUAACAUGGAAGGACAGACACCAUUACACUUAGCAGUUGCUAGAGGUCAUCAAGAGAGUAUAGAGGCUUUACUGUCCUCAGUCACUGGUAGUUCUACUCAUCAUGAUCUCCUUACAGCUACUGAUAAUGAAGGAUCCACUGUAUUUCAUACAGCUUGCAGUAAUGGCCAUAUUGAUGUGUUUCAUUUUUUAUCCAGUAUUUAUCCUCAAGGUGUUAAUGUAAUGGAUAAUAGAGGACGUGGUUUACUUCAUGCAGCAUGUGAGGGAUGGGAUAUUGAAAUAGUAAAAGAGUUAGUUGAGAAAUAUAAACUAGAUCCUAAUCUGAAGGAUAAAGAUGGCAUCACAUGCUUACACUUAUUAGCAGAGAGAAAGGGAGUUGGUCUAUUACAGUUUGGAAUGGAUAUGAGAAAUAUAGAGAUGUACCAGUACUUAAAACGUCAUGUUACUAAUCCAAUACCUAAAGACAAGUCUGGUCGCUCUCCUCUUCAUUAUGCUUGCAGAGCAAAUAAUAUUCCUAUUGCACGUUUUCUAGUAGACACUAUUCAAUCAUGUAGUUCUGAUGAUCCUGAUAAUAAUGGAUACACUUCAGUUCAUGCCGCAUGUGAAGCUGGUAGUAUGGAGUUAGUAUAUUACUUUUUAAAUAUUUUAAAAUGCAAUGCUAAUGCUGAAACAAGUGACUUUAAAACCCUAAUUUAUUUUGCUGGUAAAAGUGCUAACUUGGAGCUUGUCCAGUUUCUAGUUGAAAGAUAUAAUUUAAAACCUCGUCUACAUGAUAUUGAAGUAGCUCGGGCCACUAGUCCUGAUUCAUCAAUAGUUAGGUAUCUUGAAAAGGUCCAUCAUGAUAUGAUUCUUGAUAUGGUGAAAGAGCAAAGAAGAAAGUUUUCAAAGUGAACAACAACAGGUGCAGGUAUUGAGGAACAUCACAGCACAAAAAGAAUCAAAUUAGGAGAGGAUGAGGCAUAUAAGGAAUGACAAUCAUGUUUCAAAUGACUUCACUUUCAUUCUUCUAUACUUGAUAAGGCACACAUCUUCCUUUCUUGCUCUCUGGCCAACAUCCACUCUACCUUAAUUUCCUUAUUUCUCAAACCAUGCAAGCAUUACAACAAAUAAAGUAUCAUUAUCAUAAUUUUAAUAUCACAGUAUUCAUUUUUGUAAUACAUGGUUUCUAAAAAUGGUUAUUUUAUUUUCUUACUAUAUUAUUUUUUACCUUUGCUUGACAAGGGAUCCUUCAAUGGUUUCUAACAUUAGUUUAAUGCAUCACAUUCUACAUCUUUUAUACUUGACAUGUGUACAUACUUGUAUGUACAUGUAUUGUAUUUAAAUGUGUUUACUUUUUUCUUUUUCUCUCUACCUUGAACCUUCUCUUUAUACCAAUUAUUGCUGUUGCUGUUACUUAUAUAUUAUGAUGUAAUAAUUGCUUUUUAUAAUUUUGCACAUGAUCCAUGCAUAUAAGUAUUAUGCUCAAUUUUUAA